CGUCCUUCCUCGCCGUCGCCCUAAUCCUGAGGGCCGUUGUGAUCUGUCACCAACAGAUCUGAAGAUUACGAGCGUCGUUCCCAAUUCACAACCUCCGCCCUUAUCCUUCUGUUUUCCCUACUCCUGCCCCAACGACUUCCCCGACAACUGGAUAUCAGAUUUGUCCAUUCCAAUGAAACUCAUAAACAUAGGUGAAAAGACAGAAGAAGGAGAAGAAGAUUAAAAGAUUAAGAGAGUAUUUGAAGCAGCGGAAAGGUGACGAUGACAGCCAUAUCAGAGCAAGUAGUGGUGGUGCGUCCCUAAGCAGUGGUGGAGGUGACCGGUGCGUGGAGGAGGUGGCGACCGGUGUGUCACUGCAAGCCACCGGCGAAGGAGAACGACCUGGAGCGAAGGUAGGUCUCCUGGAGCGCCCGCAGGUCUGAAGAAGACGAUCGGGAGACGCAGGUGUGAAGAAGGAGGACGAUCAGGAGUUGAGUUUGGGACAUAGGGUUUAAAGUUAAGAAUUUCCCGGACCACCUAUUAAUUAUAUACCUUUUAUACCCUUCUUACUCAAAAAACUCUAUCCCCAAAUCAAUUGAGGCUUUUAUGUUCUUUGUCGAUGAAACUUUCCAGUGCCGCUUCACCGUGUUUGUUCGCCGCCCAGUUCGAUGUCCAACGCCGCUUCUUUCUUCGGUUUUGUUCCCCUCCACUGCCUCCGUCUCUCUUCGCCGAAUUCGCCUCCACGGUCGACGGAGCAGAUGGCAAAGCAACAAACAUGGCAUUAGAUGUGACAAACUAUUUGCUAGAGAUCUGUAGUGGUCUCUCCAAAAGAGGCGGCUGCCAGAAACGACAGAGGCGCGUCGACGCCGGAGAUCCACCCGCUAGAAGAGGCGGCAGAGACAACACAGGUGGCUGUUGCCGGCAGAGGCAAAGGAGGCGGCGAGCGGCUGUUGGCGGCGUUGUUAGAUGUGGUGGUGGGAAUGUCAGUUGCGGCGACGGCGGCGACGUCAGAUGCGACUGCGGCUGGUGGCGCCGCCGGAGCCGGAGCCGGCGAAGGUGGCAGUCACAGCCUAGGGUCGUACCAUUGCAUCUUCCGAGUCUUUUGUUGUCUCUGUAUGGUUUUAUUUUGUGUUGUAUUAUUAAUUAAUAAAACAAUUAGAUUUUUCAUUUUCAUUAAGGGUACUGUUGUCCACUCAUACACUUUUUACUCCUAUGCGCGAGAGAUGAAACUUGGACUCCUAUUUAUGCACAAAUGCAUCGUUUUACUCCUAUUGAGGUAAUUUUCUCUUUAAA